UUCAUUUAAAGAAAAAUAGUGCUGUUAAUAGAAGCGCAUUAUAAACAUUGAGUAAAAAAAUUUGUUCGCUUUGACAGAAAUGCCACUAUUCCCAGCUCCACUUCAAUUCAUGGAAACUCACAGGGCAGUGGUGAUAACAACUAAAAAGCAACAACGUUGGAUAUCCCGUUUCCAUCCAACUAUGCCAAUUCUAGCCUGCGGUUCUUGUCAAAUAGUUUUAUUUAAGACAACUAAUGCGUCCUUCCCUUUUUUACAUUGGAGGGAAAAACAAAUGAAAUUUGGCCCAAGUCUAAACAAGCGAAUUACUGCACUUGAAUGGAAUAUAAGUGGGACCCAACUGGCUAUCGGAUGCGAAGACGGCGAUGUCAUUGUCUGGAAUUACCCAAACGUCGAUAUCGUUUUCCAAAUGAAUCGCCAUUUAAAUGGGGUUCAUGAUAUUAAAUGGAAUCCAUUUGAACAUGAUGUUUUGGCUACUAUUCAAAGUGGUCAAACAAAAUUGCUGAUAUGGCAUUCUUACAUAAGGCUUCACUCAAAGUCAAAUCUUUACUGCACAAUUGAGGAAUCAAACAAAGAUUGCAACAGACAAAUCAAAUGGGUUUCUAGCGUUGAAUAUAAGAGAAUAACCCUGGUGGAAUGGAUCGCAAAAAACGUCGUAGCUCUCGGUUUUUCCAAUGGCCUUAUUGAGAUUACUGAAAUUGAUGAAUGUGAAUCAGCAAGGAGUCGAGUCAUACAACAAUUCAAACACAACGAUGGCAUAACCUCCUUGAUUUGGAAUGAAAGAAUUCAAUAUUUGGCAUCCAGUUCAUAUGACAAAACGAUCAAGGUUUGGUCCUUAACCACGAACAAGCCCAUACACAGCCAAAGGUUUGAUUCCUAUUGCUACACAUUGGCUUGGAGGCCGGACGGGAAAAUAGGAGACGGACUUGAGGAUACUAGGAAAAUGCAAGAAAAUUUAAAUUUCGCUUGUGGACUAAAAGAUGGGUCCAUUGUGAUGUGGAAUCCGUUAGAUAAUUUCGCGGAAAAAAAGAAAUUAAAUAUUGAUGGACAUGUAACUGCACUCUCAUUUUCAGCCCAUGGACAGUACCUGGCAUCAGCGGAACACAAUCAAUAUAUUAACAUUUGGUCGACCGAGACCUGGACGCCGGUUUUCAUCGGCAAAUCCAAUUUAAACGCAGUCCUUCAAGGGUUUUCUUGGUUGUCACCGAGCUCCACAACCGAUACUGACUGUAAAUUAGUUGUCAACUCAACCAGUAAAAAGAUUCAAGUAAUUGAAUACAAGAAAGAUGGAUGGCCAAAGUUUUUGCAGCAGACACAGAUCAAUUUACCAAACAAAAAUCGGUUUUAUUAAAUUGCAAUGAAGACUAACGACUGCUCAUAAAAAGUAAGAUUCUAAUCAAACCUUGAAAUUUUAGAUUUCAAAUGAUUUUUUUCUCAUCAAAUACAAUUGCCAU